AUGAAUGAGCCAAGUCCUCACAAGAGUAUAAACUCUUCACUCCCGUCAUCAAAGGAGGCGUUUCUUCAAAGCUCCAUGUAUGAGGAAUCUAACAAAAGCAAAGGAACCAGCAAUGGCACAGCAAAGAAGGGUAAACAAAAUCCAGUUCUCUCAACGUCCUUUGUUUCAACAAGAAGGUAUGAGCCUGGUUCGCCAUCUCCAACUAGUCCGCUACAGUCAAGGAGACAUAGAGGUAGUACAGCUAAAAAGCUGUUGACAUUAAGAACCGAAAUCAAUCAAACACAGUUAGAAUUGACCCAGGUAAAGAAGAAAAAAGAGGAUAUCGAAAAGACGAGAAGUACAGCCAGCUCAGAUAUCUUCACUGGCUCAUAUUCCACGGAACAUUUGCAGAAACAUUCUAUGAGAAUUAAGACAAAUACGUUGAUUAGAGAGUUUGAUAAGGCAAUCAAGAAGCUUGAAAGACGGUUAAGUGAAUUAAGAGUUCAAUAUGAGCAAACAAGGAAGUCAGAAACGCUUGAAAGGCGAUCUACCAACGAUUCUCUGAGCACAAUGUCAAAAGAAGAUCUUUCCAAUGCGCAUAUCGAUGAGGAUGAAAACUCGACAUCAGAUAAUAAUACCAGUGCAGAAAGUGACUUAGAUAUACAGGAAAACUUAACGGUUAAACAAGGGACUCAUCAAAUGCUAACCCCUUUGCGAGCAGAAAGUGUUCAUACCAAGACGAAUACACCAACUCUAGAAAGUGCCACAUGGCUAAUAAGUGAUUAUAUGCAAAGUUUACAGGAGGCUAAUAUAUCAACUGAAUUCAUUUUAACCAAGGCGAAUAGCUUGGUGGAUAUUUUGAAAGAGCAUCCUGAGCUUCGCCAAGACCUAAUGCUAGCUCCAUUCAUGCCCAGUGUUCAAACCCUCUUAUUAAGUGACGAUAAAUUGGUUGUAUCUGCAGCUUAUCGAAUCUGUCGACAUUUGAUAAAUGGAGAACAAUUUGUCGCAUAUCUACUGGAAUUAAGAUUGGAUGCCUUUAUAGUGAUAUCAUUUUCAAAGGACAAUUCAUAUCAUGUGGAGAGAGAGCAGGCACUAAAGCUGGUGAGAGCAUUUUCUGAAUACAAAAUUGGUAUAACAAAAGGGAUAGUGCAAGCAGUUAUCAGCUGUGUCGAGAAACCAGAUGAUCCAUUAAAAAAUAUGGCACUGGAAUCAUUAUUGGAACUUUCCUACUUACAUCCUAAUCUUGUUAUGGAGUGCCAUGGGAUGCGAGUCUUUGAAGAAAUUCUUCAAGAUUACUCUUCCUUUUCCCUGGCUUCAAUAAUUUUGGAUUCAAUACUUGAUCUAAUGUCGACUCAUCAAACAAGGAAAUAUUUUUUGAACGAUUUCAAUAUAACAAUUCUUUCCUCAAUUUUCUCUGAUACAAGCACUAAGACGACAGUUAACGUAGAAAAAAUGCAAAAUGCAGCCAUACUAGUUUCCAAAGCUUUUAAAAACUAUAAUGGUAUUAUGCUCUUCUCGAUAGAUAACUUCAGACCAAUAAAGGAAUUACUUUCAUUUUUCAAUGUUCCCUUGUGUGCACAAUAUUUAAUCGAUAUCUUUCUCGAUGUACUCAAGAUAAGGCCCUUGACUUACAAAACUAAAUCAAAAAAUAAAUUUAGAAUGAGACCAUCCCAAUUUUUAAAAGAUUCUUUACCCGUAAAUCAACAUUUAGCGUUGAUGAUCUUAAUUUUAGAUAGAUGCAACUUUCAUGAUUACGUUUUAAGUCUGGUAAGUAACGAUACGAGGAGAAAGGUAAGUAGCAACCUAAUUCUGAAAGCCAGGUACUUACUGGCAGAAUAUAUGAAUCUAAGAAUGAAUCUGGUUGAUAAUGGGUUAUUUCCUGACUUUAAUAACUUCGCAUUCAAACCAACCACGCUAAUGGAAGAGACAUUUCAAAUAGGUAAGAUGAUUCAGGCUUUGAAUAAGAACAGAAAUACUUUAGGAAUGACUAAGAUCAGCUAUAUGGAAAACAUAAAGGAGUACUCUCAAAAAGUUAAAGAAAGUACGCUAGUUUCCGAGGUAGAUGACAUGAGAUUCAGAAAGAUGGUGUAUGACUCUAGGGUAUUACAAACCAAAGAUUUCACUAGUUGGAAUUGGAAUAUUAUCCAAGAACUAUUGGAAGGUCCUCUUAUGAAUAAAAAACAGUUGGAAGAGUUAGCAAAGUCGACAAAGUUUGUCAGAAGACUGCUGGUUUUUUAUAGACCAUUGAGGUUGAGGUUUUCCAAUGUAGAUAGGGGCUCGAGGCUGUCUGCAAAGUAUGUACAAGUAGGAUGUCAAUUUUUCAAGACUUUAACAAUAAAUCCUGAAGGUAUGAAAAUUCUCAUGGAUGAUACGAAAAUUAUACCACAAGUGGCUUCAUUGCUUUUCAGAGCAAUGGAAGAUAAUAUGGCCGGUAAUGUAUUUAAUGACUAUUCAUUGAAGACAAAAAUGAUAUAUGGAUACUUCAAAUUCAUUGGCGUAUUAACGCAGUCAAAAAAUGGUAUUCAAAUAUUGGAUAGGUGGAAUUUUUUUACAAUAAUUUACAAGAUGUUCCAGACAGAUAAUAGAAUUUCAUUGAAAUUUUUGCUUUUGACGUUGCCAGAACUGAAUCUCACAUAUUCACCACACUGCCGAAUAAUAAUAGGGAAGGCGUUGGUUGAUCCAAAUGAAGUGGUUAGAAUUAAAGCAACAAAACAUAUCGGAGAAAGACUAAGGGAUCUCAUGGUUGAAAAACCGGAAGAUAUUGAUUCACAAGAAGAUAAAUUGAGAUUACGUAGAUUCAAGAUUGAAAUGUUGACAAGGCAGUUAUAUGAUUUGAGUUCAAAUGUUGUUGCCAUUGCAGAUCGGGCUUUAUAUGAAUGUAUUUUGGAAGGAUAUGGUUCGAAAGAAUUUAGUUUUUCAUUAAAAACAUUUUUGGAUCAAAUGGUAUUUAUUCGUUCACCUAUUCUAUUCGAACUUUUGAGUAAGUCCUAUGGGUUUCAACUACUAAACGACAUUAAUUUUGUUGAAGUAGAAAGACAGUCAUGGUUAGAUCAUAAAAAUAUCGAAUAUGUGAGUAUCGUUGAAGAAUUCCUCAGUACUGCACAAUUUCGUUCUGAGAAAAGUCAUCAUUUCGAAAGAAAUGAUAGGUUGCCUUUACAUUUCUAUGAAAGUUUAGCUAAGACAGAAGAUGGGAUAACGCUUCUAAGUCAGAGUGGUGAUCUCGUUCAAUUUAUGAACACCAUCAAGAAAUAUGUGAGUGAUUCAAUGGGAGACGAAGUCUCAACCGAUAUUAUAGAAGUUAAAGCCGCAUUAUGGUGCUGUGGUUACAUCGGGUCUACCGAAUUGGGCAUUGGGCUAUUGGAUAACUAUUCCUUAGUUGAAGAUGUUGUUAAAAUUGCCAACGAAGCCAGUGCAACAAGUUUAAGAUUUACUGCCUUUUUCAUACUUGGAUUAGUGAGCAGAACAAGAGAAGGUUGUGAGAUUCUAGACGAAAUGGGAUGGAAUUGUUCUGUAACAGUGCAUGGAGACCCAUUGGGUAUUACUUUACCUAACAAGCUAGACACAUUUUUAUCCUUUAAUGAAAAGAAGUGGACAAUAUCUGAAGAUCAUAAAGAUGAAUUAAUCGAACUUGAUACAAAUACUGGUGAUUUGGUCAAGAGUUCUGGUACCUUUAAGAUCAAUUUAGAUAAGUUAUUGGCGGAAAAGGAAGUCCUUGAGAACCCAUUAUAUGAAAACAAAGAAAUUGAUAGCAUCAAUAUAUUAAAUAAAGCUGGUAUUAAGUCCACUGAAGAUGUUGCCAAUUUUUUCAGUAAUCGAGAGAGGCAUAAUACAGUGAAUAGCACAAAUGCUAUAUCUACUGAAGAUGAAGAAGAUAGGGAAAACAUAAUUGAUAAAGUUCUCGAUACAGUUAGUCAACUGGAUAAUCAUAUAUUAUCCAAUGCAGCAAUCAAAAGGGUUACUGAACUAAACGGGAAGUAUGGAGCUACUCUAUUUGAGAGUGAAAUUAUGUUUUUCAAAGUCAUGGAAAUGAUGGACAAAUUCAGAUUUAAGCCACACGUACGCAAAUUUUUGUGUGGUUUAUUCAUCAAUACCAACGCAUUAGAAAACGUCAUAAGACAUGAUAGGAAAAGAAAACAACAACAAUCAGAGACCGAUUGA